AUGUCUCAAGCGAAAGUUGCACUCGUCACAGCUGCCAGCAGUGGGCUCGGCGCCGCCAUUGCCCGCAUGUUAGCCGUUGAUCUCGGCAUGAAUGUGGUUAUCAACUUCAACAGCAACGCAUCGCGUGCAGAACACCUUGUGAAAAGCAUACAAGACGAAUUCAAUGCAACGCACACUAAAGGUCGAGUAUCGAUUCAAUCCAUACAAGCGGACAUGUGCGACAAGUCCCAAGUCAAAUCUCUCGUCACAAAUGCAGCCGCUAGGUUUGGAGGUCGCCUAGAUAUCGUCAUCUCCAACGUCGGAUGGACUCGCAUGCGUAAUUUCUCAGACUUGGAAGACAAUAUCGAUGAGGACGAUUGGGACCGCUGCUUCACUGCCAACGUGAAAAGUCAUCUGUGGCUCUUCCAUGCGGCAAAGAAGUAUCUCGAAGAAAGCAACUUGCGAGACGCUGGAGCUGCGGCGUUUCCUUACGCAGUCACAAAGUCGGCACAGAUUCACCUUGGCAGGUGUCUCGCUACUCUAGCAGCUCCGUCUAUAAGAGUCAACACCAUAUCUCCUGGAAUUCUACUCACGGAAUGGGGCCUUUCGUUCCCACCUCAGCGGCUUGAACUUGCUCGGAAAUCCAACAAGCUGGAUCGAUUUGCUACGGUAGAGGAUGUUAUACAGCAAGUCAAAGUCUUUGUGGUGUCUAAGUCGGUCACUGGUCAGAAUGCCAUUAUUGAUGCAGGCUUCACCCUUUGA